AUGCAAAUCGUGGCUAUCACGACAGUUUUUACCUGUCUGUCAAUAGUCAUUGUUGCUCUUCGGCUAUGGACUCGGGUCUUCUUGGUAAAGACUCCAGGGAAAGACGACAUUCUUAUUGGGCUCGCCUUGAUAUCCUCAAUAUUGUUCUACGCAUUUGUGCUAUGUGAGAACAAGUAUGGUCUCGGUAUCGCUGAAACAGACUUACCCAAAAAGACAAUUGAAACACAACUAUUCUAUCUAUGGCUAUCAGCUCCCUUCUACAAUCUUUCCCUUGCCCUCACCAAACUAUCAGCUACAUUCCUAUACACCCGUAUAUUCCGAUCAAGUUCCUUCAUGAUUGCCGCAUACUUUCUCAUGGGAUACCUCAUCAUUACAGGAAUAUGGAUGAUAGCAACUGCUUUUGUCUUUUGUCUCCCCAUCAGCGUAUUUUGGAGUAAGGAAAUCCCAAUGUCCGAAAAGCAUCAUUACUGCUUGCCUCUAGGGGCUAUGUGGUAUUCCGAUUCUGCACUGCAGAUGUUUUCAGAUGUUUUCAUUCUCAUUCUUCCCAUGCCUCUAUUAUCGAAGCUGCAUCUUCCACGACGAGAGAAGGCAGGAGUCAUAUUAAUGUUUGCUCUCGGAAUCUUUGUCUUUGUCACCGGCUCAGUUCGACUAUACGAAAUAUGGCUAAGAGUAUCAGGAACUGAUCCUACAAAGGAAAAUGCCGCUGCUGCCCUCUGGUCUUCACUAGAAACUAAUGUCUCCAUCAUCUGCGCAUGUCUACCACCACUACAUCCACUUCUCUCUCGCAUAUUAUCUUUCUGUUUCCGCCCACAACCAAUACACUCAAGUCCGCCCUCAACAGGCCAAACAACGACAACCCCCUUGACCACAAUGCACAAACCUUCAAUAUACAGCCGUGCUAUGAACAAGUCACCCGACGGUGGAGUCUUCUUCAACAACUUCUUCUUCGCCGGCCCGGCCAGCUAUUCGGCCAGUAUUACAAAAGUCAAUCCCAAGGACGAUGAGUCCAAUAUCCACGAGGGAAAUGGUAUUAGGGUCGUGCGAGAACUUAGAAUGUUUUCUGAUGCGAAGCCCAUCGCGCUGAACGAGCUCCAGAAAAAUGAUCUGGAGAGUGGGGGUAGUGUGAGUAGUAGCACAAAUGAUACUAGUCGACGACUUUCUAGUAUUGAGUGGGAUUUGGAAGACUUUGAGUUUCCGGAUUAUAAGGAGCGUAUGAAUGCUUCUAUUUUUUAG